UCAUCUACGAAAGUCCAUUGUCCGAAAUUAGCCUUUAAAUUGGUCACUUUUGCUCGGCUUUAUCUGUUUGUUCUUUCAACUCUGCAAUUCACAAAAGCUGGAUUGAUUAUUGAAGAAAUUUUAAUUAUGGCGACAUUCGCCAAAAGCACGUUUUCCUAUGCUUCCUAUGCUGCUGUUCGCCCAGUGUAUCCGGUUUCUCUCUACGAAAAGAUCCUCGCCUACCACCAAGGACCGAAGAGGCUGUGUCUGGAUCUCGGAUGUGGACAUGGACUUGUCACGCGCGCUUUAUCCAAGGAGUUUGAUCAAUUAGUAGGCGCAGACCCAUCAGAUGGCAUGAUCAAGCAGGCAGAAUCUGGAACCCCGGCGGAUAAAUAUCCAAACGUCAGCUACCGUGCUGCUUCUGCGGAGUCACUCCCGUUCCUAGCGGACAACUCUGUCGACAUGGUUGUUGCCGGCCAAGCAGCUCAUUGGUUUAAUUACCCAAAGCUAUUCGCUGAACUGCAGAGAAUACUUAGGCCUGGCGCAACUUUGGCUUUUUGGGGUUAUAAAGAUCCAGUGCUCGUUGAAUUUCCGGAAGCGACUAAGAUUGUCGACCGGUACGCAUACGGAUCAGGUGGAAAAUAUCUUGGAGAUUAUUGGUCCCAGCCAGGGCGAUCAAUCGUGCAAAACAAGUUACGAGACAUUCAACCGCCGCCAUCUCAAUGGCAGGAUAUCCAGCGCAUAGAGUAUGAGCCUGGAGUACAGGGCCCAAAGUCAGGAGAAGGAACGUUGUUUUUGGAUAAGAAAAUGACAUUGCCCCAGUUUUUAGAAUACGCGAGAACCUGGAGUGCUUUUCAUGAGUGGCAACAAGCUCAUCCGAACUUGACUCGCCGCGAUGCUGGUGGGCCCGGGGACGUGUUUGAUGAGAUGGCAGACGAGAUGAAGGCGGCGGAGAGAGGGUUGGACGAUGAGAAAGACAUCUUUCUGGAAUUUGGCACUGGUUUGCUUUUAGCCCGCAAGAAGUAGCAUCUCGUAUGGUCAACAGGCGUUUAACGCAUAUUUAGAUGGUGUCUCGAUAACAAAUAGUAUAGCCUCGAAAGAUAUAAGAAUCGUAAUGAUAAAUAUUAGAUUACAGAAGCUAGGAAUUAAUUAAACUAAUGAACUCAGGAA